UGCCUAGCCUGCAAUCUCGCUGUUGCUUGUUCGUGCGUUCGUAGCGCCCCAGCGCCCUUCGCUCAUCAACUGAACCACAACCUGCACCACCUUCUGGUGCGGCAUUACGGAUCUUGCUCACCGAUGCUGUAUACAGUACGUGGAUUGUGCGCUCCCAGCUGUCACGGGCAUUUGUAACGUUACGAGUGAUGGCACUUUGUCCACCAUAGCGGAGACGGACCACAAGCACCAGCGCCAGCGCUGCGAGUCAAUCGACGUUCAAGACUUGGUGGACGUUCCCUUUGAAUCAAUACGCUUUAGUGAUGGCGACACAGGCGGCCUCUGGACAUGCUUGCGAACUUGAGGCUAUUCCCAUAUACCGUCUCUUUCAUGUCCGCCUGCGAUCUUCCCGCGUAGGCUUACAAGCAGAUUCAAAAGCCGCUCCUUUAUACACGUCUACCGCAGCAAUGCGGCGCACAUCGCAUUAGUCUUAAUCUGCAUUCGG